AAAAAAGUCUUUCUGUCUCCUGUCGAGGAGAUUGAAGACAUCCUCUCCUUUGUCGGCCGUCUCUGCUGCGCAUGUCCCUCGCGCCAUCCCACGGGCGACUCAACUCGCGAAAGACCCGCAGGGAGUCUGUUUUCCCCAGUUUAAGAAAAAAGCUUUUUGUCCAUUAAGAAAGAAGACGCCCCGCCCUCUCCCAUUUCGCUAUGCUUUGAGGGCGUUUCCAUCUACGGCACCAAGUCGGAGAGGCCCCGGAACUGCUCGACUUGUCUUCGCUUAUUUCCGUUCGCGAAUUGUUUUUCCUCGUCUCCCCGAUCUUUGUUUCUCCUUUCCUUUUCGUCCAUCUGUUUUCUGGUGACCGUCGGUGGUGUGUCUGUUGAAAUACUUCGAUCUCUCCUAGCCUGAAAAGCCGUGAAAACCUGCCCCGUCUAAACAGCUGAAGAACCAAGAUCUAGGCCACCCCUUCCUUUGUUCUUCUUUCUCUUGUUCUUCUUUCUCUUGUUCUCUCUCCUAGUCUCUCGCUCGUCCUUCUUCUUCUUCUUCUUUUGUUUCUUCUUCUCUCUCGUGCUCUCUUGCUUGUUCUUCUCCCUGCUCUCCCGCUUGUACUGCUUGCUCUUCUUCUUGUGCUUCUUCUUCUACUGUUCCUUUUUCGUUGCUGAGGAACGCCAACGCAGUUUCGGCCUUUGCGCUGAGGUCUCCACUGGCGUUCCCUCUUUUCAGCAGCUCUCUCCUUCCUCGGCAGUUCUCUCUCUUUACCUUCAUUCUGUUCACCAUGCAUCUCGCCGAGGAGGUCUCGGCGCCGCCUGCGAAGCGCGCCAAGCAACAGGGGGGCGAGGUCGCGAGCCCAGGCUCUGGGGUCAACAAGGAGGUGGUGAUUCAGUUCUGUGACCAUCAAGACAAUCUUCUCGGCACACAGCUGGCGGUGCCUCUGAGCAUGCACCGAGAGCAGCUUGAAGACUUGGUGAAUCAAUUGCUUCUGGAGGAGCCGACAGAGGAAGACGAAGACGAGAAGAAAGUCCGGAAAGAGUUCUCUCUGACGAUCGACGACAACCGGAUCGAAAUCACCGACUCUCUGCAAGAGGCCUUCGACGCCUCGACAAAUCCUUCGACCGAGCGCGUCCUCCACAUUCGCUUCGCGCCUCUCGCAGCCUUCAAAGUCCGGCCUCUCACGCGGUGUUCGACCUCUCUGGAAGGUCACACGGAGGCGAUUCUUUGCGUCGCGUUCAGUCCGGACGGUUCGCAACUCGCCUCUGGCAGCGGAGACAUGACGGUCCGGCUGUGGUGUCUGAACACCGAAACGCCUCUGCGCACCUUGAAGGGUCACUCCAACUGGGUCCUCUGUCUCGCCUGGGCGCCGCACGGCCAGCUGCUCGCUUCCGCGGGGAUGGAUGGCUCGCUUCGCCUUUGGAAGGGCGCGUCCGGCGACGCGGCAGGCAUCCCACUGAAGGGCCAUACCAAACCGGUCACGGCGCUCGCAUGGCAGCCUCUGCAUCUUUCUUCAGUGUGUGGAGACGACUCAGAACAGAGUCGGCCGUUCCCCUCGCUCAUGCUUGCGAGUGCCAGCAAGGACAGCACAGUGAGGCUCUGGAACACAACGACUUUCCAGUGCCUGCGUGUGCUGUCUGGACACCGCGAUAGCAUCACGCAAGUCAAAUGGUCAGGAGAGAAGGAAGGGUAUUUGUACACGGCCUCCCGAGACACGACGCUGAAGGUUUGGGAUUGCGUCUCUGGGCGUCUCGUUUCCGACCUGAAAGGCCAUGGCCACUGGGUCAAUUCGCUCGCCCUCAGCACAGACUACGUCACGCGCGCUGGGCCUUUCGGUGAAAGGGGCGCUCAGCCUUUUGCCUCGGCCUCCGAGAUGCGCGAAGCCGCGAGGAAGCGCUAUGAGGCGUGUAUCAAAACGAGCGGUGGGGAGAAAGUCCUUUCUGGGUCCGACGAUUCGACGCUGAUUCUCUGGAAACAUGUUGGGGCGCCCAAGGGCCUCGUCCAAGUCUGCCGCAUGAGUGGACAUCAAAAGCUGGUUAAUCAUGUUGCGUUUUCUCCCGACGGAAGAUACAUCGCCUCCGCCUCCUUCGACAAGUCCAUUCGGUUGUGGGAUGGCCGACGGGGCGUCUACUUGUCGACUCUGCGAGGUCAUGUCGGACCUGUCUACCAGCUCGCGUGGAGCAGCGACAGCCGUCUCCUCCUCUCAGCCAGUGGCGACAGCACGCUGAAAGUCUGGCAUGCAGAGACGCGAAAACUCAAAGAAGACCUCCCCGGUCACGCAGACGAAGUCUACGCCGUCGACUGGAGUGUCGUCGGCAGCUACGCAGCUUCUGGAUCGAAAGACCGCGUUCUGAAGGUGUGGAGGAAUUAAAACGCUGCGAAAGAAGUUGGGAGCGGCAGCCGGGCAGGCCUGGCGCAGAAGAGCCGCGCCGCUUCCGCCGCUUCACGGGGAGCCGCAGGUAGAAAACAACAACUAGAAGCCAGAAGAGAACAUCAGGUAGAAGAAGUCGGCGAAGAGGAGCUCGAACAAGAGGGGAGAGAAGAACAGGGAGACGAAAGAAGGAUGAAGACGGAUAAGAAGAGCUAGAGGAACAGAGCGAAGAAUGGAGAGAACAGAAGAAGUAGAAGCGAGAGAACAGGCACCCUACACACGCACUGUCGCACUGCAGGAAGGGAGAGGAUAAGAGGAAAACAUCGGCAAUGCAAGCUAAACAAGGAAGGCCAACAGUGAAGAGAGGAAACCGAGAACACAGCUCACGACGCAGGGGAACCAUGGCUGCAAGCGCUUGGGAUUCCAGUAUACUGCCGUGUAUAUACGUAGUUAUAUAUAUAUAUAUAUAUAUAUAUAUAUAUAUAUAUAUAUAUAUAUAUACAUAUAUGCACAUAUAUACAUAUAUAUGUCUCUGUUUGAACAGAUGUUAAUUGAGUAUCUGUCGUUAUUUACGGUUAGUCCGAGAAGGUAACUGGGCCUCGCUUGGGGUUGAAAGACACCCGUAUGUUACUCUCUCGCUCUAAUACUCUCUGCGCCAGCAGGUGUAGCCGUGCCUAUUUGUCUUCAAGUGGUAACAGAAAUCCUCAGCUCCACCAAACGCGUCUGCACCUAGGUGCCUCGGCUUUUUUGUUUGUCUUUUCCCGGCGUUCACGUUUUUAAAGUCCAUUUCCGUUGCGAACCGUCUGUCUCCAGAAUGGCUACCUCUGCUGCAUGCGUCGUGUCUUCGUCUUGUGUUUGUCUCUUUUGCCUAAAGCGUCGGACUUCCCUCCCCUGAUGCAUCAAGGGUAUUUCUUGUCAGCUGCUUGUCAGAUGUUUAGAGACUGUUUGUCGCCAGCGUCGGUGCUUUGCAGUACGAUGCAUCUUCUUUAAGUCGUCAAUUUUUCUAAAACGCAAAAACAAAAUAUCUGAAGGACCUCUCAAGCG